UAUACUUAUAUUUUUAAAACUUACAGUGAGAAAGGUAUAUGUUUGAUAUUUGUUGAAAGCGAGAAAAAGAGUUCUAGUGCAAUUUACUGCAGGAACAGAAAACACACUUUUUAUGUUUACCACAGAUUAUGGUAAGAUAAUGAUCAUAUAUACAUAACGCAUUGAACUUAUUAAAACAAAUGAAAACAGCGAAUUGAUUAUGGAGACACAACCGUUGAAAGUGCCCGAAACAUCUCCACCAUCAUAUGCUAAUUCUAUCGUAACAGCUCCAGCAGUGAAUUCAUCACAAUGGCAACCACCUCCUGGAUAUUAUCCUAACAACAUCGAUUCUGGCUAUCAACCUGGCUAUCAAGGAAGCCAUGUUCCAUCAUAUGGCUCUACACAUUCCACUGCAAUCAUUGUUCCAGAAAUUAUUGUAGUUGGCGGCUGUCCAGCAUGUAGAAUAGGAAUAAUGGAAGAUGAUUAUACAUGUCUUGGCUUAUUUUGUGCGAUUUUUUUCUUUCCUCUCGGAAUUAUCUGUUGUCUGCUAUUAAGAACAAAACGCUGUUCAAAUUGUGGAGCUUAUUUUGAUUAAUUAAAAUUGAAUCAUCGCAUGGUCUCAAAGCCCCAAAAGCUGGCUAAAAUUGAAAGUGUUUUUCAAUUUAGUUACGAAAUUUCAUAUCUAUAAUGGUUUUCGAGAUCACUGAUUACGAUUGAAUUUGAAAUCAAAUUGCAAAGAAGCAAAUAGAUCUAUUUAAUGUAGCCAACGUAUGUAGAAGAAAUAUUUGAUGUAAACUAAAAUUUAUAUCCUGUUCUAUUUUUAAAUAAGCGGUAAUAAAAUUCGAAAUAAAAAUAAAGAUUUUUAAUAAAUAA